AUGGCCAAGUUUCUCCACCAGUUAAAUAAUGCACUUUUAGGGCCGGCCGGGAAGCCCCCGCCAGCUGCUCUUGAUACGAUUCAACGUAUUACCGACCGAUUGACACAAUCCUCUCUCAUAACGGACCGACGCGCCGCUGUGCUUUCACUCAAGGGACUCUCGCGUGAUUGGAAAGCUGAAGUUGGGCAGCAUUCUCUUGACGCUCUGCUUGCCGUGCUACAAAUAAAUGCUAAAGAAGAUCCUGACAUUGGGAAAGCCACUCUGGAAACUCUUGUCAUUCUCUGUGACGCAGAUGCCAAUGACCCAGAAACUUUAAGACAACAUUCUGCGUCCUCUAAGGACGACUUGGGGCUGAAACACACGGACGUGUUUCUAUCAACGUCUGAGCCCACUCAUACACUACUGUACCUCCUCACUAGAACAGAGUUCUAUAUUCGUUUCACUGCUGUCCAACUCCUCGCGAUUCUUCUUCAAAACAGACCCCAACAGCUCCAGCAACACUUCCUGACCGAUGCCGAUGGCCCGUCAUCUAUCCUUGCCAUCAUUACCGAAAAGCGGGACAUCAUCCGUAAUGAGGCCCUUCUAUUAACCCAACAACUCAUCGCCAAUAAUAUCGAUAUUCAAAAAGCACUCGCGUUCGAAAGCAUUUUUGAAAAUCUCCUAAGUAUCAUAACGAAAGAAGGUGGAAUAGAAGGCGGCAUCCCCGCACAAGAUUGCUUGAUCAUUGUCGAUGGACUACUGGAAAAUAAUCCUUCGAAUCAGUCUUACUUUAGGGAACUAUCUUUACCGUCUACUUUGCCUUCGAUAAUGCUUUACCCAUCACCGGUCCCUACACCUGAUCAGUCCACUCCGCAGGAGUUUAGUCUACAGUUCUGGGAUACCCAGAAGAUUACGAAUGCCACUGUGGCUAUUUCGAUUAUGGGGACCUUGUCGAAAGGAAAGGGUGCUAGUCAGAGAUCUUUGGAACAAAGCGGAAUGACACGGUGCUUGAUCGACUUGGCUUUAUCCAGUAACGCGCCUACUAUGCUGAAGACUCAGGCAUUGGCUGCAUUAUCCCCCAACACGAGCUUCUCGCAAUUUAUAUCAGCUUAUAUCCCGGUUCCAGACACGAAUGGAGAAGAAUGGGAUCGUUUGCCGGAAGAACCGGCACUAAGUGCACUGGUUGGGCUUGCCUUGGAUGGCGAAUAUGGAGGCGUUCUUAUUGGAGUCCCGGGUUCGACUCCCAAAGAAGCGGAUGCAUUGAAUUUAAGAGUUGCCGCAGCGUCUCUGAUCGACAAUCAUCUAUCCUCCAAUCAGGAUGAACGAUUAGCCCUUCUGAGAAAUAUGGAAGUCCGAUCGCAGCCGCCCUCUCCUACGCCAUCCGAUGAACUCUCCCCAUCACUCCGAAUCCUUCAUGUCCUAGGCGAACCUCCUUCAUCACCACUCUCUCCCAGCGCCGCUCAAAGGAUCCUCUUUUCCACAAUCCUUUUCACAUCACUCAUCAACGGCUCAGAUAAAUGCAAAAUAGCGGCAAUGGAAAUUUUGCCCUCUGUGUCUCUAUCAGGCCCCGAACCCGCAGAUGAGGACCCGCCUCAGACAUUUAUCGCUACUGUUGCUGGCUCUGUAGCCCUAGCGUUUAGAGCUAAGGCUCAGUUGAGGGAUCAAAGGUCUGCGGAGCCUGUUGGUGAGGCUGUGGAAUGGGAUAGAAUCAUCGUUUCGUACCUGUCCUUGUUGUCGAUUUGGUGUUGGGAUAACCCUACAGGUGUGAAGGAAAUUCUGGAAGAAGGUGGUGUGUUAGGGGCGAUCGUGGAGCCGAUAAUGCAAACGUCGGGUGUGGAUGUUCUUGUCCAGGGCUUGUGCGCGUUCCUGCUUGGGAUCUGUUACGAGUUUAACAGGAACCCAGGUGAAAUCACUCGUGCAACCAUCCACUCGAUAAUACAUUCCCGGAUAGGUCUAGACACCUUCACUUCCCGAACUUCGCGCGUUCGAGAGGAUCCGAGGUUCAAAUCUGUAUCUAUUGAAUCACCGAUUCUAUUCUUUGAUAGUGAAGGGUAUGAAGUGCCAUCUGAUGCUCCCGACGCUCGGCCAACGAUUUGGUUGAACGGGUCAUUUGUGGAGUUUUGGAAGAGUAAUGCUUAUUCAGUACAGAAGUCGGUUGCUAAUGAUCCGAAUGCAGUAUCGGCCGCGAGAGAUUUAGACCCUGAAACGGAAGCUUUGAUCACGUCUCUCAAGUCUAUCAUACGUUCACAAGCACUAGAGCUGGAGAAGAUAAAUGGAGCCCUCACCGAGGCUCAUGAGCAAAUUGAGCAAUUGCAAUCUCAGCCUCCACCCACUGAGCAGGAAGCUAAGGUAGCCCCGUUGACUGAGGCCGCUAAUGAGACAUCAAAUGCUCAGAUCGCGCAGCUGUCAGAGCGCAUUGACGCAUUAGAGGCAGAGCUUGCGCAAGAGCGGAGCAGGAGACAGACUGUCGAGAAGGAGCAAGAAGAUCUACUUGUGCUUCUUGAUGAGCUGAACGCGAAACGGCGAAGCGAUAAAACUAGAAUGCUGGAGAAGGGGCUGGAGGUAAGCGAAGACGAAGAAGAAGAAGAAGAAGAGGAUGAGGAUGAGGAUGAGGAUGAGGACGGGGAAGGGGAAGGGGGAGAUAAAGGGCACGAGGAUUGAGUAGCGUCGACGUCGGUGACCUUCCGUUAAUUUAUCGUCAUGUCAUAAACUGGAUAUUGAUGGUCCCGCCGAGCUCGCUGGAUGUG